AUGGAUAAUGUGGUUAAGAUGCUUAACAGGCAAAUUGGUUCUAGUUCUAAUCAAGGAGUAGUUGUUGCUUGUUGUAUUAACUAUGGAGGAGACCAUGAUGAUUCUAUGCGUUCUAGCAGCGAACAGGUUCAAUAUCUCAACAAUUACAACCGUCCACCCCAAAAUAAUCCAUACUCCAAUACCUAUAAUCUAGGGUGGCGUAACCAUCCAAACUUUGGAUGGAAAGAUCAAGAGAACCAACAAAGACCAGUUAAUCCAUCGAAUUUUCAACCGAAGCAACCACUUCCGGAGUCCAAACCAACUUGGAAAUUGGCAAUUGAGAAGCUGGCAAAUGUAUCAAAUGAUAAAAUUGAAAAGUUAGCUAGUGCCACUACUCAACGGUUUGAAAGAAUUGAGGGAAGAAUGGACCAACUCACUAAUAUGUACAGGAAUGUUGAGAUCCAAUUAGGGCAAAUAGCUAAUACAAUUAACAAUCGCAACCAAGGAGAUUUACUUAGCAAGACUGAGGUGAACCCAAGGGAGCAUGUGAAGGCCAUAACUCUCCGAAGUGGUAAGGAAGUGGGUGAGCCACCUGUAAUUGAAAAUGUGAGAAAACAUGAAAGAAGUGAAAACAAACAGUUGAGUAAGUUAGGAAAUGAUAACAAGUCAAUUGAAGGGAAAGACAAGGUGGAAGGAAGUGAGCCACAAAUUGAUGAGACAACACAACUUCCUCCAUCGGUGCCAUUUCCACAAAGAUUGAUGCUUUCGAGAAAUGACAAAGAAUUUGAGAAAUUUGUCAACAUUCUCAAACAAUUACAUAUUCCUUUUGUUGAUGCUACUUUCCAGAUUCUUUCAUACGCAAAGUUUCUCAAGGAGAUAAUCACUAAGAAAAGGAGAUUAGUAGAUAGUGAGACAAUUGCAUUAACGGAAGAAUGUAGUGCCAUCAUACAAAAUAAAUUGCCACCAAAGUUGAAAGAUCCGGAAAAUUUCACAGUUCCUUGCACUAUUGGUAAUGUAAAAUUCUCUAAAGUACUAUGCGACCUUGGUGCGAGUGUUUCAUUGAUUCCUUUAACUGUGGCUAGGCAAUUGGGAUUGAAAGAGUUAAAACGUACUAAUAUUUUCUUACAAUUGGCUGACAGGUCUAUUAGACAUCCAAUGGGCAUAUUGGAGAAUGUGCUUAUUAAAGUGCAGAAAUUCAUUAUUCCUAUUGAUUUUAUUGUUUUAGAUAUAGAGGAAGAUGUCAAUGUACCUAUUAUACUUGGUAGACCAUUUCUGAUUACUGCAGGUACAAUAAUAGAUGUUAAACGUGAUAAGUUCAAGUUUCAAAUUGGUGAAGAGGAAGUGGAGUUUGAUUUGAGUAAAGUGGAGAAAUAUCCCUCAUUUACUGAUCAUGUUUAUUCUGUUGACAUAUGUGAUGAAUUGGUAUUAGAGAUGAGUCAAGUUAAUCUUGAUGAUGAUUCUCUUGAACUUUGUCUUAAUGGUGUAGGCUUACAAGAGAAACAAGUUGAAGAAAAGACUGAAUUUUUGCAGGCACAUGUUCCUUACAAAAGGAGAAAUGCAUAUGAGGAGUUAGGGUUAAGCAAAGGGCUACCUCCACCAUCGUGUGAGCAAGCUCCACGGCUUGAGUUUAAGCCACUCCCUAAACACCUUAAAUAUGCAUUUUUUUGA